AUGGCAGGCUGCCUGUCUCCGCAGCUGCACAACGACACUGAUCAGAGACAGACCUUCACAGGCAUCAAGCUGCUCUGGCUGGCAUACCAGUCCACCGGGGUCAUCUACGGCGAUAUCGGCACAAGUCCUCUCUAUGUCUACUCGUCGACUUUUACGCACGACCCUUCUUAUGAUGACCUUCUUGGAGCUUUGUCUUUGAUCAUCUGGUCACUCACUAUCAUGGUGAGCAUCAAAUACUGCCUGAUUGUCCUUUCUGCGGACGACGAAGGCGAGGGAGGAACAUUCGCCCUCUUCUCCCUCCUGUCGAGGUACGCAAAUAUUGUCAGACGUGAUCCUCGCGAAGAGCAGUUGGUCAAAAUAGAACGCUAUACUGCUAGUGAUCUAGGAAGACCAGCGCAAAAGGCUCGAGGUCUUAUGGAACGGUCACAGACGACACAAUGGCUACUAAAAGUCUUUGGGGUGUUUGGCGUCGCUCUCGUCAUGUCUGACGGCGUCCUUACACCUGCACAAUCGGUGCUCGGUGCUAUUCAAGGUAUAGAGGUGGUCCACCCUACUAUAUCACAGAGUAUAGUCAUCGGAUCGUCAUGCGCUAUUCUUAUCGUCCUUUUCUUGGUUCAACCAUUUGGUGUGACGAAAUUGGCCAACACGUUUGCCCCGAUUGUUAUUGUCUGGCUCCUCCUCAACGCUACAUUCGGCAUAUACAAUCUAGCUCGACAUGACUCGUCGGUGCUCAAAGCAUUUUCACCUUACUUCGCUGGAGCCUACUUGGUCCGGAAUAAGGCGGAUGGUUGGAAAAGCCUGGGAGGUAUUCUUCUAGCAUUUACUGGCUGUGAAGCCCUCUUCGCCGACUUGGGGGCAUUUACUCAACGCGCCAUCCAGCUCUCCUGGCUUACGUUCGCCUUCCCUUGCCUAUUGCUCGGUUACAUUGGCCAAGCAGCAUAUAUUUCUGACGACCCGUCUGCAUGGUCGAAUCCGUUCUACAAUACAGUUCCACCGGGAUGUUUCUGGCCGUCGCUGAUCGUCGCGAUUUUGGCAGCUGUCGUUGCGAGUCAAGCAAUCAUCACAGCAGUCUUUCAGCUACUAACCCAAAUCAUGAAACUAAGCUACUUUCCGCAAAUAAAGGUCGUGCAUACAUCGAAGAUCUUCUACGGCCAAGUCUACAUUCCCAUUGCGAACUGGCUUCUGAUGAUUGGUGCCGUCGUCGUGACCGGAGUCUAUACCAAUACCACGAAAUUGGGCCAUGCCUAUGGUGUAUGCGUGGUACGUGAUCGACUCUGGAUUGUCAUUCAUCAUCUUCCAAGAGCGAUUGAACUGAUCAUCUUCGCUCCGCAGAUCUUGGUGACCAUGUUGACAACCUGCAUGGUCGCCGUAGUAGCCUUGAUUGUCUGGCGUGUGCCAGCUAUUAUUGUGCUGCCCGUUUGGCUCAUCUUCGCUCUCUUUGAUGGCACCUUCCUCUCCUCGGCCGUGACAAAGGUACCCGAAGGCGCAUGGUUCACGCUGGUCCUGGCAGUUGCUCUUUCUUCCACCUUCCUCCUCUGGCGCUACGGCAAGGAACAGCAAUGGCGCGCUGAAGCAUCAGAUCGCUUCCCACCCAGUCAUCUAAUCCAGGUCAUCGCGGCUCCUGUCACGGAUAGCAGCAAUAUCUAUACUCGAAGGCUGAAGCUUUCGCCGGCGUUUGGCGGUCAAGAGGUCAGGCGUAUUGAAGGCAUGGGGAUUUUCUUUGACAAGUCAGGUCUACCCUCCAGUACACCGACAGUGUUCAUCCACUUUUUGCAGAAAUUCCAUGCUGCGAACGAUGUCAUUGUCUUGUUCCACUUGCGACCCUUGCAGAUUCCCACUGUGCCGCCCGACGAGAGAUACACGGUGUCGCGGUGCUAUAUCGGGGACGAAGAUGGAGACAGCAAGCGAAUCAUGCCUGAUACAUAUCGCGUCAUCAUUCGGCAUGGAUACAACGACGAAAUCGUGUCAAAUGAUUUGGGAGGCAUGCUAUACGAGCAGAUCCGAAAUUAUCUCAUCCGCGAAUAUGUGGACAUCAUCUCAGCAGGAGACGCAGAUUUGAUCAUUGAAGGUGCAAAAGAAAGAGAUCCUGCCAUCUCUUAUGCCGAAAUUGCUUCAUCCACACCAGGGUCCGGACGCCCUUCCUUGGAAAAUCUCGAGCUCACCCAUAGACUCUCCGAACUGCAACGAGCGUACGAAAGCCAGGUGAUCUACAUCGUGGGCAAAGAACAAAUGCGCGUGAAGAAGGAGGGGAAACUUUCUCCAAUGUAUAUCAUGCGCAGAGGCAUAUUGGAAAUAUUUUUGUGGCUUCGUGAGAAUACGCGAACAAAAGUCCAGGCCUUGAACGUGCCGGUGGAGAAGGUUGUCGAGGUGGGCUUCGUGAAGGAGGUAUGA